GCCGUCAACGGCUUUCUCUACUGCGUUGUUUUCGGCUUUCUGGAAAAGUUUUGUUUCGGCGUGUUGAAUCUUGAUAGUAAAUUUUCAAAUCGGUUUUAAAGUGAUAUAAAUGUCGGAAUAGGUAGUACGCGGUGUGUUUAAAGUGGGGUUUGGUUGGGUAUACGGGGGAAAAACAAAAUCAUGAUGAUGGAGAACCUGGAUCACGUCUACUGCAACACGGCGUCCACCGAUGUCGGCAGCAAAGAUACCUCCGAGCAGAUGAGUUUGUUCAAGGAGGUUAAACAACUACAGUCAAUUUUACUGCUUCAUCUGGAUCUGAUCCAGGAGCAGAGUGAUCAGAUACUGGCAAAGGAUAAAUUGAUCAUCAAACUGAAAGACGAAAACGAAAUGCUCAAACAUCAGCUUGAACUAGUCAACAAACGGCUGCAGCAGAUGAAACAGCAGAAGGAGCAACGCGAGAUAGGCAUUCCAAUUAGAAGUGUUACUGUUGACAAGGUGUAUGAGUACAACAACCGCGUAAUUUCUAAUGCCGCUGCGGAGCCGGCUCCGCGCGAAAAGUUUUCUGAUUCAAUCGGUGCCGUCAAAAGCAUUAAGAAGGAAAUUAUUUCCAACGAUUACGAUAGUUUCGAUGUGAUUUGUGAUGAUUUUGCCGGGGAGCUUGAAUCUGAUAUUAAAAUCGAGAACAAUGAGAUUGAAGAGGAAAUUUUUCUCAAUUAUUCCAAAUCCGAUGAUGAGUCUGUACCAUCUAACGACCCACCGGUAGUGGAAACAACCCCAUCAGUAGAAACACGACCGAAAAGUUGCAGCACUCCUAUCAUCUAUGACGUCAUUUCUGCGCAACCAAGGGAAAGCAUUAAAGCGGAGAACGAAAGGCAGUCCACCGAAAGCAACAAAAGUGAAGUAAACAUUGUACCGCAAGCAGAAGAAGACCCGACGUCUAAGGCUGAAAUUAUUGUGAUUAACGAUGAACCGAUAAAACCUAGCUCCUAUAAUCCGAUUUGUUCGUCGGGAAAUUCCUCCGAUGGUAGUUUUAUGAGGAAAUCCUGCAAGUUUAUGAUGACUUCAAAGCCAUACAUCACAUGCAACUGGAAAGAUGAAGCAAUUACAAACGAUUUGGACCGGCUUCUUGAAAAUGAGGCAGCUGAACUGGAAGUACCUUGCUGGACAGUGAUCGAAGAUAAUUAUGACAGUGCGUCUAGUUCUAGUGAGUUAACUUCUGAAAACAUUAGUGACGAAGUUUAUUUCAAGCGCCAUGCUAAAUUUGAACUCGAUGAAAGGCGUCGCAAAAAGUGGGAUGUGCAAAGAAUCCGUGAACAGAAAACAAUCGAGCGUCUAAAGAAAAGACACCUCAAAGCCGAUUCAGAAGAACAGAAGAACAUUGGUUCCUUUUUCCCGUCGGUGGAAUCAAUCAAGUACGUUCAAAUCACCGAGGACGUACCAGUGCAAGCAUUUGGGGAACUGAUCCCGAUCCUACCGCCAAGCAGUUUCAGUCUGCCGUGGAUGGCAACUCGCAUCAACCCGACGAGUAUUAGCACCGUUACGCCAUCCGAGCUAGGUCCGGGCCCAUUGUUUAGCGCCACCACUGGCAUUCCAUCAACAUCGACGUCCAGCGUAUCUUCUACGUCCUCACAGGAAAACAAAACGAAAUUUAUGCACCGUUUGGGACCCAACCUCACCGUCCAAAAGCAACGAUUUACGAAGCGCAUCAAGAAGGAAAACUAGACGCGGGCCGGCCUAGGACUGGAUGAAUGAUGGAUGGAAGUGAUUGUGCUUUAAUUGGGGACCUACUUGAAGUGAUUGUUCGAAUUUGCCGGACGAACGUGAAUCCAAUAAGAAUCGAAAACAAAUCCAAUAGGGUUAGGGAUGCUUGUGUAAAAAUGCAAAAUAAACAUAUGUAUCGUUUUAAACAUCUUA